AUGGAAAAAGACUCCCGAAUCAGAAUUGUGAACGAUUAUGCAGUAGAAAUAGAAAAUGAAGAUCACACAAUGAUGAAUCCUUUGAGAUGGUGCAUAGGUAGAAACUUCUCGGGAGAUCAUGUUGAGCUUGUUGGAUACACCAUUCCGCAUCCAUCAGACAACGUUGCAAGGCUCUCGGUCCAAUUCAGUAAUGAAAAUAUGCAGAAGCCUCAGAACAUUCUUGACAAAAUAGCACAAGGACUAGAAUCGAUGGAGGCCAUAUGCAGUAAAUUGCUUAUUCAAAUUGAAGGCUUCGAAAGCUCUUCUAGAAAGUAG